AUGUCGUCGCGAAUCAACCAACCCUCCAACCAGAUCAAGUUGACCAAUGUGUCGAUGGUACGGCUCAAGAAGGGCAAGAAGCGCUUCGAGAUCGCGUGCUACAAGAACAAGGUGAUGGAGUGGCGGUCGGGCAUCGAGACGGACCUGGACAACGUGCUCCAGAUCCCAAACGUGUUCCUCAACGUGUCAAAGGGCCAGACGGCGCCCAAGGAGGACCUCGAGAAGGCGUUCGGCAAGGGCAAGAGCACGGACGACAUCGUGCUCGAGAUCCUGAAGAAGGGCGAGAUGCAGGUCGGCGGCAAGGAGCGCGCGGAGCAGCUCGAGAGGGUGCACAACGAGGUAAUCGGCAUCGUCGCCAGCAGACUCGUCGACCCCAGGACCAAGAGGGUGUACACCACGGGCAUGAUCGAGAAGGCGCUGGACAUGCUGUCGUCGGCGGCGCAUAGCGCGGAGGACGGAGGAGGAGGAGGAGGAGGCGCCGGGAAGAAGGGCGGCAGCAACGUGCCGAGCGGGAGCGGGACACCCGCGGGCGGCGAGGAGGGCGAGGCGAAGCCCAGGGACAACAAGAACGCGCCCCACUGGACGGGCGUGGUGACGACCAAGUCGGCGAAGAGUCAGGCGCUGGAGGCGAUGAAGGCCCUGAUCGCGGCGCAGCCCAUCCCCGUGCAGAGGGCGAGGAUGAGGCUGAGGGUGACGUGCGCGACGAGCGUGCUGAAGCAGGCCGCGAAGGCGGCGCCCAAGGCGUCGUCGUCGGGCGAAGGGGCCGGGGAGGACGGCGGGCCGCAGAAGGCGGGCACGGUGAAGGAUCGGAUUCUGGGGUUCGUCGAGCAGGUCGAGAGCCAGGACGUGCUGGGCAGCGAGUGGGAGGUCGUCGGGUUCGUCGAGCCGGGCGCGUUCAAGGGGCUGAGUGACUUCAUUUCGGGGGAGACGAGAGGGAUGGGACGGGUCGAGGUAUUGGAUAUGGCUGUUAUUCACGAGGAUUGA